AUGAUCCCACACACAGCCUCGGUGCAAGCGGCGCGAGGCAGGCAUGUGGUGGGAGGGGCAGGGCCGGCGGCGCGGGUCGUGGCCAGCGCCCUGCUGCUGCCGCCUAGCACCCUGAGCAGCGCCCGGCUGCUUUAUGCCACUGCCGGGGCGCCAGGCCACGACUACCCCGGCCACCCAGAGUGCGCGGCGCGAGUGCCAGCCAUACUAGAGGCGCUAGAUACACACGGCCUCACGGCCCGCACAGACCAGGUGGUCCAACUGACGGGGUUUGGCGGCGCGGAGCGCGCGGCGCUGCAGUUGGUGCAUGGGGAGGGGUAUGUGGCGGGGCUGCAGCGUGUGUCGGACAAAUGCGCCGACAGCGGCACGACUGUGGAGGUGGAGUGGGCGCCCACCUACGUCACGGGCACCACCAGCAGCGAUGCGUGCCUGGCAGCGGGUGCCGCGAUAGCGCUGGUAGAUCACGUGGUGGCGGCCAGCCAGCAGCAGCACGACCCUGGGGCGGUGCCGGCGGGUUUUGCUGUCUGCCGUCCGCCCGGCCACCACUGUCUACCCCGCGAGGCCAUGGGGUUUUGCAUCUUUGGCAAUGUGGCCGUCGCAGCACGCCACGCCCAGAAGCAACACGGCCUGCAGCGGGCCUUUUUCGAGAGCGACCCAGACGUGCUGUUCAUCAGCAGCCACCAGGGAGGCAUCUACCCAUCCACGGGAAAGCUUGGCGAGGUGGGGACGGGGGAGGGAGAAGGAGCUACCAUCAACCUGCCGCUGCCUGGGGACUCGGGGCAUGAGGCCAUGCUGGCGGCGUUCGACGAGGUGGUGGCCCCGGCAGCUCGCAGAUUCCGGCCAGACAUCAUCCUUGUGUCUGCCGGAUACGACGCCCACUGGCGCGACCCGCUGGCAGGCCUGCAAUUCAGGUCUGCCACCUUUCACGAGCUGGGGGCGCGGGCCAAGGCGCUGGCGGAUGAGCUCAGCGGCGGGCGGCUGGUGAUGCUGCUGGAGGGCGGAUACGAUCUCAAAGCACUGGGGGAGAGCGUGGCCAACACAUUCCUGGGGGUGCUGGGGGAGGGCCCAGCCGACAAGUUUGACCCUGUGCUGCUGCGGGAGGAGCCGUUGGAAAAGGUGCAGGCUGUGCUGCUGGAGGCGCGGCGGAUACAUGAGCUCUAA